AUCACAAUUGUUGACUCUUCGGGUGUUGACACAUCAUCUAUUCAGUAUUGUCAAUACAUGGGCGCCCAAACUCCAGACAAACAGCUGUUUCAAAUUGGACUGUUUGCGGCAUCAUUCACCUGCCCGAAGACAGCAUUUACUUUUGCUUUGUUAGACAAUUUCAUCUUGGACAAUUUAGAGUGCAGUGUUAGUUAUAUGAUUAUUCAC